UAACUUGGGUCAGCAAGCACUCAGGACUGGGUCAUAGGACCAAUCUGGGUCCUGCUGAAAUUCAGGUCCAAACCCUGUUACUUUGCAGUGUGGACACAGCUCAACCUAGUCCUGAGUCAGAAGGUUUGCAUAGUUCAGUGUGGAUGUUUUAUCAUGGUUGUGUGAUUGAACUCUAGCAAUUGUAAACCCAGGUUUACAAUGCAGCGUGAGUGCUCAAGUGUGAGCUUGGACACACACAGUCCACAAGUGUGGGUCCCACAGAGCUGGGUUUAGAGUGUAGGGUAGACAUUCCCUAAGGUUCUAUAGGGAUCAGCUAUAAUGAGAAAAGUCCAAAGAUAACAAGAAAAUACAGCCCAGGGUGGAAUUGUGGGAUAGCACUGGAGAACUAGCAGUGCCUGGGUUUGAUUAGGAUGCGUUCUCACUGCGAAGUGUGGGAAGUGUGGGUUGCCAGCCCAGGCUAAAGCAAACAUGACCUCAAGCCUCUACUUCAUCUGUGCCUGCUAGUUUGAGCGUCAAGCAUCCUCGAGCCCAGGUUAGAGGUCUUUCCAUGUGAAUGGAGAAAGGUUUAGGGGCUAUACUUGGCUAGGCUCAGCUAAUUCUGGUGAAAACAUACCUUUUUAAGGGCUUGCCUUCACUGCAGGGUUAAUCCAAAGUAUAAAUUGAGUGUUGCUCCUAGUUUGAGUCCUGCUCCCUCCCCCCACAUCCUUCAGUCAAGCGUGAUGGUGUUUUUAACUCAAGUUGGUUGGCCUGUCGACGGAUGUGGGCUGCAGUUGACAAGUUGUGCUGUCUUGAGCUGUUAUUUUGCAGUGUCGCAAGGGUAACUUGAGUGAAGGCAUCGCAUAAGAUUCAGGGUAACACAUUUGAAGCCACGCUAGCUGGCUGUGUUGUAACUUAGGCUGACUUCUUGCUACAAAAUAGCCAGCUAUCACUGCUUCAGCCAUGCAGUCUGUGUCUUAACAUGAUUGAAAAGCCCUCUUAAUACUUAAAUCGAUUAAGCUAAGAAAAUGGAAAAAAUUUUAUCCUUUCUCUUUCAGUACAUUGUCUUAAGACACACUUGUAAACGGGACCAUGGAAAUACCAAAUAAAGCAGCUGAAUUUCCAAAUCCCACUGACCCUCCAGGUUAUGCAGGAAAUCAAGUUCCUUAUGGAUAUCCUCAGUACGCACCUCAAAUUUUCCAAAAUGCUCCACGACAAGAUAAUUAUGCCUUCCAGGGUUACCCAGCAGGAGCUCCAUAUGGACCUGGGGUCCUUCCAGUCCAAAAUCAGCCUUCUGGGCCCAGUGGGGCAGCUUGGAUUCCAGCACCUCCGCCUGCUCUCAACUGUUCACCCGGAUUAGAAUACCUAAGUCAGAUUGACCAGAUAUUAGUUCAUCAGCAGAUUGAGCUUUUGGAAGUUCUUACUGGUUUUGAAACUAACAACAAAUAUGAAAUCAAAAACAGCUUGGGGCAAAGAGUAUAUUUUGCAGCAGAGGAAAAUAACUGUUGUACUCGAAAUUGUUGUGGACCAUCACGACCUUUCACCAUUAGGAUCGUUGACAAUAUGGGUCAAGAAGUGAUAACACUGCAGAGACCUCUCAGAUGCUCUGCUUGUUGUUGUCCUUGCUGCUUGCAAGAGCUUGAAGUUCAGGCUCCUCCAGGCACACCAGUUGGCUACAUAAAACAAAACUGGCAUCCCUGUCUGCCUAAACUUACUGUUCAAAAUGAAGCAAAAAUGGAUGUAUUUAAAAUCAUUGGCCCAUGCUUUGUAUGCAGCUGUUGUGAGGAUAUUAAUUUUGAGGUGAAGUCGAUGGAUGAAAGUUCUGUAGUCGGAAGAAUUUCUAAGCAGUGGAGUGGAUUUGUGAGAGAGGCAUUUACAGAUGCUGAUAAUUUUGGAAUCCAGUUUCCACUGGAUCUUGAUGUUAAGAUGAAAGCUGUCAUGAUUGGUGCCUGCUUCCUCAUCGACAUGAUGUUUUUUUUAACAUUCUUGAGACUGGUAAUAAUACAGCUAUCCUCUGCAGUCACCGGAUGCUGUGAGCUAUCUACCCCAAGAUGGUGAUAAAAUAACAAAAUCUUCUAUUUUGAUAAAGUAACAUUAUGGCACAAAGGAUGUGAUGUUGAAUUUUAUAAUAGGUUACAUUUUCAAAGCAAUGCACAGAGAUGUAGUGAUACGACUAUUAGCGAAAGUUACUGAGUUACACAUACUCCCUAUGCACUACCAUGAAAACGUAGGGUCUCAUUUUAUGGGCAAGUGUCUCUCGCUGAGUAUCUUGUGUAGCUUGAACUUUAAAUCCCGAGAAGUAUAUCUUCUAAAGUUAGUUACUUUUUUGGUAGGAGGAAAAUUCAGGUGUGGUACUAUAACACUGUAGUUUUAUCUGUACAUAAUAUUGUGGGAGGUUAAUUUUGACUCUGUUGUAAGUUACGGGUUUUAGGGGAUGUUAUAUUUUGUAAGCAUUACAUGAAUUGGCAACAGGAAAUUAAAAGGACAUUAAAGGUUCAA